UAAAUUUUAAUACGCCUCAACCACCCGUGCAAGAUAAAGAUAACAAAACUGUCAUAAUAUAAGAAUUGAAAACUAAUACGCACGAAAGUCAGGGCGUCAGAACGUGACUGUUGCUGUUACUGAUGGCAAUCACUUUACGAUUGUAAUUAAUGACCACAUAAUACCGUAUUUUUGAGAACUGAAGAGAAGCGAAAGUAAGAGUACCAACUUCUACUAAGAUGGAUUUUGUUGACACCAGUGCAACACCAGUAGUUCGAGACGGUUUGGUAAAUGAUAUCAUGUCACAACUGUAUGGAAUGGAAGUAGUCAACUUCACUGAAAUGGAAAGUUACAUCGAUCGAAAUUAUUUGGUUAAUGUGAAGAAAACACACAGAAAUCCGUACAUUAAGGAGGUGAAACCUCAUGGUUAUGUGUUGAAAAUCUUCAACGGAGAAGAAUCAAAGGACGAAGAUUAUUUUGAUGCAUGUUAUUUUGUGGUUGACUAUCUUCGAGAAUAUAAUAUUCCUGUUCCGGAAAGAAUACAAAGAAUUGAUGGUAAAUUCCAGAAUAGAGAAAGAUUAUAUAAUGAUACGGACGACUCCGAUUCAGAAAAGAAUUGUCAUAUGAUUAUUCUCUUGACCUUCGUUCCUGGAGUAAUUUUAAGUUCAGUACCUCUGGUUCCAUCUCUGUUAUAUAAUGUUGGAAAGCUACUUGGUCGUAUGAGUAAGUUAUUACAGAAUUUCUCUCAUCCGUUUUUCCAAAAUAGACCUCAAGUUAUUUGGAAUCUGGAGAAACUACCUAUACUGACUAAAUACCUAGAGUUUAUCGAAAUUGAAAACGAUCGAAUGCUAGUCGAAGAGGUCAUUGAAACUUUCAAAAAGGAAAUUCUUCCAAAUAUCUCAAAAUAUCAGAAAGGUCAUACCCAUGGUGACUACAGUCAUAUGAAUAUCAUAGUUAGAAAGAAACAUGAGGAAGUCGAGUCACUGCAUUGCAACGAAAAACUUUGUUCGGUGAACAUUAAUGAUACGGCUGGAAAAAUACCUUCGUCACCGUACGGCGUGUCUGGUAUUAUCGAUUUUGGUCACACAAGAUACUCGUACAUAGUUCAUGAUGUUGCAAUUUCUAUUGCUUACAUCUCACUGGAGAGCAAAAUCAUUGAUUCAUUAGAUGUUGGUGGUCACAUUUUAGCUGGUUACUUUUCGGAGAUCAAAUUGAAUUCAGAGGAACUUGACGCUUUACCUGUUUUGAUAUGUGGUCGCCUUGCUAAGUCAUUGACUAUUGGAAGGUACGUAUAUCAACAAGAUACUACAAACUUGUAUCCACUGAGAACUUCUGCUCAAGGUUGGCCAUUGAUUCGUAAAAUCUGGAAGACACCAAAAGAAGUCCUUUUGAAGAGAUGGAAUGAGAUUAUAAGCUCAUAUGGUGAAAAUUAACGAGAAUAUAUGAAGUAAAAUGAAAAGGAACGAUUGGAUAUAUAGCUUUUGUUCUCGCGUUUUUUAUAUACGUCUAACACAGAAUUACACGUAUGUAAAGGUUCACUUGCAUAUACCUACCUACCUACCUACCUACCAACCUACCUACCUACCUACCUACCUACCUACCUACCUACCUACAUACAUACAUACAUACACACAUACAUACAUACAUACAUACAUACAUACAUACAUACAUAUGUAGCAGGAAUAUUUAGCGAUCGAAUUUGGAUUACUAUUUCCGAUGAAAAAAAAAAACACACAUUAAAACCUAAAAAAACCUCAGCUAAAGAAUACGAUUGCAAUUCGCGAAGAUGAUACCAACGUCAUAAAAAAAUCUGAUAAUUCAAGUCUUCGUGUGGAUCGGGAUGUAACAACAAUUUCAUCUUCGGCGCAUAUUUUUUUUUUUUGCCUACACCACCACUAUAUAUUAAGCAUAUUUUAGCUACUAACAGAGGAGAAUACACGCAGACAGCAGACGGUUAUCAUCAGACAAUAUCAGAACCAGCAGCUGUCCUGAGCGCUGUCGCAACACAAAAUCAAUGGACGGCGGCAACAGCACCACACAAUGAUCAGCUAACAUCAAGAAACUCUCGACAGCGGUUAUUAUCAUACCUAGUCCAAGAACAAUUAGUUUCAAACUAUCUUGAUGUUUGUCGUUCGUAGUAACGACAAAAAUUUUGCUUGCAAUAAAAAUAAAUAUUCUUUUAUCAAAAAUUUUAAACAA